GCUUGUAGAUCUGAAUGGUGUCCGAUGCGACAUGGUGGUCACAUCAGCUGCUGCGUUUGAUUUUGCGCGCAAACUUUGUGAUGAAUAUGAUCGACGAAAAAAGGAAGAAAAAACUAUGAACCUUCCCAAAGAGGAAAGACAAACAAAAACAAAAAACGACAACGAAAAUGGCAUUAGUCGAAAAGUGACCCAGAUUGACUAUGCAAAACAUGAAGACACCGUGAAAGAACUUGACCGACAAGAGAAAGAACAAGAAUAUGAACGCAAAAAACGUGAAGCGGCCCAAUGGUGUACGUUAGACCAUGAACACGGGCCCAACUGCCGGCGACCACCUACUGGUUGUUCCCAGGAUCAUGCAAGAGAAUGGCAGAUCUACGAACGGAGCACCGAGGAGAAAAUUGCAGCAGCGGAGCGCUUCCGCCAGGAAGGGAACGAGGCCUACCGAAAACGGAAUUAUGGUCUUGCUGCAGUUCACUAUCGCAAAGCAUUGUUGCACUUUGACUACACCUUUGCAGAAACAGAGGAGUUGGAGCGCCAGGUGGAUGCUUCAAAAUUGCCGUGUUUGUUGAACUUGGCCGCCUGCAAGUGCCAACAGGAAGAUUGGGAUGAGGUUCUGACACAAUGCCGGCAAGCGCUUGAAAUAAAUCCUCGUGCUGUCAAGGCUUACUACCGCAUGGGUUUGGCCUAUUUGAAUCGUGACCAGUUUGAGCUUGCCAAGGAUGCCCUCGUGAGUGCUCACGAGAUUGAGCCGAACAAUCCAGACGUAGCAGCUGCCCUGAAGCAACUAAAAAAGAACAUGGAGGAUUACAAAUGGCGCACAAGAGAUGUUGCCAAAGAAAUGUUCUCUGGAAAGGGGGAAGAGACAGAAGAGCCUCAUGAGGAGGAGGCCACCACAGAGGCUCCAUCAGAGGUGCAGAGUGCGCAACCGCCUGUUGAUCCGCCUGUAGCUCCUGAAGAGCCAACAGAACAGCCAACGGCAGAGCCAAUGGGCUUACGCCAAAGACGUGGCAAAGGUUCCUCAACACCGGAGGAUGAUGAUGAUGAUGAUGAUGCCGAAGAGGAGGCAGAGAAACGAAAGGCGUUGAGCUGCAUCUUGAUGCUGGCCGCAGGUUUUGGUGCAAUCUCCGUCUCUGCCUUGGCACUCUCAUUUUUAAGCAGCUGAUUUGGGAGUCUCGGAGAAGUGACACCAGAAGUGAGCGUGCUUGCGAGGCAAGCCAAAGAUUGCUCGCAUGGUCGCAUGGUGAUAAACGAUCCAAAUACUGAAUCGUUUUCACCAGGAAGUCCAAGCAUGACACCCAAGGUAAAUUAAAGAUGUGGUGUACUUGACUUGAAGCAAAC